AUGUAUCAAACUAAAAGAACGAUCCAGUUAUCUAGUAAAAGAAUGAACAACAUGACUGCGAGUAAUCCUAUAACCCAGUAUGGUAGCGCUGCUGAAACUAAGGCAAUAAUGGAUGACAGCUUUGAUCUCAUUCAGAGCUUAGAAGAACAGAUCCGCCAGAACAAGAAAGAACAAAAGCUUGUCUGGACUAAUAAUAAACUAAAUAAUACUGAAAAACUAAAACAAUUCGAAACAUUAUUUGACGAACUUCAACAAACAAUAAGAUUAAUUGACAAUAUUAACAAUGUACAAAACAACAAUUCUGAGAACAUACCAGCGUUAAAAGUUGAAGGACUUGAGAAUGCUGUAUACAAUCAAAACUCCAUUAAUAACAUAACAAUUAAAACAGAACAUGAAAACAUACCAGUAACAGCAGUUGAAAGAACUGAAAAGACUGUCUAUAAUAACAAAAACAAACCCCGAGCUGAAAUCAAUGCAGAAAUGGAUAUCAACCUUGAACUCAUUCAGAUCUUAGAAGAACAGAUCGACCAGAUCAAACUUCAACAAAAGAAUAUUUGGUUAAAAGCUAAUGUCGACUACAAAAUUAAAAUUAAAGAAACUAGAGAAUUGAUGACUGAGAUCAAAGAUAUCAGAGAGCUCAUCCAGGAUUUUAAAAAUGAAUAUAAUCAAAAAUCAAAUAUUAAUAAUAUAAUUGAAAUAACAACCAACAUUAAUAACAGCAAAAACAAAACCCAAACUGAAAUUAAAAAUUACAAAAAAUCAUCUGAUUACCCUUUUGAAGAACUUAAUCAAUAUGAUGAAGUAAACUUCAUCGAAUAUAAGGAUGAAAAUGGUGGCCAUUUUUUAUGA